AUGUCAAAGACCCUAGCAGUCGUCGGCGCCACAGGCAAACAAGGUGGUGCAGUCAUCAACUUCGUCCUCAACGACCCCGAGCUCUCCAAGCAAUACACCCUUCGCGGUAUAACCCGCGACCCCAACUCCGAAGCAUCCAAAGCUCUCAAAGAUCGUGGUGUUGAAGUUGUACAGGGUGAUUUAGCCGAUCAAGCUUCCAUGAAGAAAGCGUUCACAGGCGCCCAGUAUCUCUUCUUUGUGACAACUCCUUCCUGGACAGCUACCGACUUGAAGCCUGAGCUUGAAAUCAUCAAGAAGACGACUGAUACCGCUGUUGAAGCUGGGAUUGAGUACAUCAUCUUUAGCAGUCUUCCCAGUGUCACGGAUAUGUCUGGUGGGAAGUACACUCUUAACCAUCCCUUUGAUGCAAAGGCUGAGGGCGAGAAGUACAUUCGUACCCUUCCUAUCAAGAAAGCUUUCGUCCGUCUGGCUUUCUUCCUCGAAAACAUCAUCCAAGUCCCUCUCUGGCAGCCCGCUAAGGACUCCGAAGGCAACUGGGUAACCUCCCUCCAGCUUGCUCCCCAAACCCGCAUCCCCUGGAUAGACAGUUGUAGCAACACCGGAAGUUUCGUAGGCGCCAUCCUCGCCGAGCCAGAAAAGUACGACGGCAUUACCUUUGACGGAGCAGAAGGGUUCUACAGCAUGGAAGAACUAGUCGCUAUCGAGGGUAAGGCUUGGGGCAAGGAUAUCAAGUACAAGCAGAUUUCUCCCGAGGAGUUUGCGGAGAAGUUGCCUAUUAUGAAGGACGUCUACGUUCAGGCGUUCCAUGCAGGUGAGGAGUUUGGGUACUUUGGACCAGAAGGGGAGAAGUCGGUUGCUUGGGCUAAGGAGAGGGCUAGGGGUAGACUUGUUAAGCCUGAGGAGUUCUUUAAGGCGAACACUCUCAAGUUGGAGUAG